AUGGCUACAUUCGCACGACGUGAACGAAACGACAAAAGGCAAUGCAGCAGACGAGCUUUUUAUUAUGCGACCAAUCCUGUAGCUCGUCCAAAAAGCAGAGAUGCUCUUCUACAGAGCUAUACUCAGUUCAUCACAUCUUAUACUGGAGAGUCUGAAGUUACCUUCCAAUAUGCUCUGCGGACAAGACUGGACAAGCCUUUGGAAUCGCAGAUCAUUCAAGCCAAGAUACUGAAUGGACAAACUGUAUCAAAAAUUGAGCAGACGGAUGAUUGUGUCCUUGAUGUUGUCCAACCUCAUGAAGAUGGUACAGGGACGUUUGACUUUGGUCUUGAGAUUCUCGCCGAUGUCGACAAUUUUGAUUCGGCAAAGGCACCAACAUUGCUUGAUUGUCCUUUCCUGGUCCAAUACCAUGCCAUGGAGAUGACUUUGACCAUGAUAUACGACAGAAAGUUGAUGGACAAUGACUACGCGGAUGCAGCUUUCAAGAUGCUCGUGAACCACAUAUCAAGAACAAAAGUGUACGCCGACCAUGAAACACGGCCAUCCGUCCUCAGUCAUCCACCGCUCAUGAAAUCACCACUACUCGGAGAUGAGGCCUUACCAUCAUUGCUCCAUUCCGGUUUCUCAAAAACAGUCGAAAAACAUCCUGGUCGGCACGCUCUGGACUACCGCUCAGAAACAACACAAUUCACAUUGACAUACGGGCAACUAGACGCCCUCACAACCAAGCUAGCUCACAAGCUGCGAAGCAAUAUACCUCACGCCUCCCACCAAACUCAAACAAUCGUGCCAGUAUACAUGACUGCCUCCCCUGCCUUCUACGUCUCGUGGUUAGCAGUCCUCAAAGCCGGCUUUGCGCUCUGUCCAUUGCCCGUCAAUGCACCAGCCAUCGAACUACAGAACAUAGUCGAGGAUGUAUGUGCGGCGCUGGUCUUGACCGAUGGACCCAUGGUAUGUGGAUGUCCUUGGGAUGCAUGGUAUUGCGACGACGAUGAGUUAUCCGCCUGCUUGGACGUCAACGACUUUAUCCUCAACUGGAUGCGGACACCAUACGUGGCAGAUGAUAUACCACUACCUGGUAUUGCAGAGACAGAUCUUGCAUAUGUCAUGUACAGCAGUGGCUCCUCAGGCGUGCCCAAAGGUGUCAAGAUCACACAUCUGGCGGCAAACUAUGCGAUAUCAUCACACUGCAAGCAGAUACCUGCAUACAUGAGCAAGCGAGGAUUCCGAUGGCUGCAAUCUGCACCUCCUACCUCGGACACGUCGACUAUGGAGAUGUUCACCACAUGGUCAACAGGCGGAACACUCUGCAGUGUACCAUCAACAUAUCUCCUCAAUAUGACGACCGCAAUCAACAAAGUAUCCGCAACCAUCACCUCAGCAACUGCAAAAAUGGUAUCCACGCUCCAACCCACAAAGACACCUUCUCUACGACGACUAUGGUGCAUAGGCAACAGCUUCACACCUUCCCUCAUCAAACAUCUAGAACAAGAAACAUCAUACACACCCUACACAGCCCUCACCCUCCUCCGCACCUACAGCACCCCCGGUUGCUCUAUAUCCUCUACCAUCCUCCCCGCCCUCUCCUCCACAACCAGAGAUACCAUCAUAGGCAACCCCUUCCCAACAACCACUAUCCUACUUCUGAACCCACGUACCAAAGCCCCAGUACCGCUAGGCUGUGCAGGUGACCUCUACAUCGGUGGCCCUCAACUGUCUUCCGGGUUCUUGAAUAGACCUGAUCUGGACGCUGAGUAUUUCUUGCACAGUGGUGUGUAUGGACGGUUAUGCAAGACUGGCGAUCGUGCGAGGAUUGUCAAGGAUACAAAGGGUGAAUUCGUGGUGGAGGUGUUGAGGGGUGUGGGUGUUAAACAGCAGGUAGUCGAAAGUGAGGAUAGCAGCUUGGAUGGGAAUAGUGUGACCAGUAUGGUUGAUUCAUUCACAGAGACUGUCGUGGCAAAGGAGGAAAAGAAGGAAAUCGAUGUCACCGAGGCGAAUGUGUUGAGUUUGAUCAACAAGGUGCAUACAUAG